GGCGUUUUGACGCUCAGGAAGUGGACUCAACCACCAAAGAUUCCCGCAGAUUCGAUAUCGAUGAUUGUCCCAAUGUUACAAAUGUGUCCACACUGACCUAAACAUUUGUUUCAACACUUUUUGUGGGAUAUUUGAGACGAUAAUGCUGGAUGGUUGCACUCAUGAAAUUCACCAGAGAUAUAUGCAGGCUGUUGGGACUCGGGAGCGGCCCCCCUGUCCAGCAGCCGGAGGAGCCGAUGGACUGUGGUGCCACAACCCCUGACCCGAGUGAUGAUACCUCGUUGUCACAGGAUGCAUUAAAUGGAGAGGAGGAUCUGAGCGAGGAGGAGAAGGUCAGACGAAGGGCAGAGCGACGCAAAGCCAAGAGGAAGCGCCGUCGAAAACGUAAGAAGCAGGAGCAAGUGAAGCCUAAUGAGAGUACUGAACGGGACGAUGAAGACGAGGAUGGGGGUGCAGAAUCUGAACUGGAUGAUAGCGAGUCAGAUGCAGAAGUUGGUGCUGAAGAGGAGAAACAAGGAGUGCAGAAGGAAGAGAAAAACGACGCAAAAGCAGCUGCUUCACACAAGAACGUCGGCAUUUCUGUCAUGGCUCCUUCGGGACUAAAAGAACAACCGAAGAUCCAAGGCAGACCUGCUGAAGAGGAGCCAGAGUGGGAUGUGAGCAGUGCCUUUGUUGCUAAUGCUGCUAGCCAUAUCAAACCCAAAGGAUCAAGUCGCAAGUCCAAAGAAAACAAGGAGAACGAGGCCAGGAGAGAGACAAAUGGAACUGACACCAUGACAAAGAAAAGCGCGUCACUGACAGAAAAAGGCAUAAAGCUGGUGCAAGAGGGGCAGUACACGCAAGCUGCCAGUAUGUUUACAGAAGCCAUCAAAUGUGAUCCAAAGGAUUACAGGUUCUUCGGGAAUCGUUCCUACUGCUAUUACUGUUUGGAGCAGUACCCUCAGGCCCUGGCAGACGCUGAACGCUCCAUUCAGCUGUUCUCAGACUGGCCCAAAGGAUACUUCCGUAAGGGCAGUGCUCUAAUGGGCAUGAAGCGGUACGGUGAGGCAGAGAAGGCCAUGGAGCAGGUGCUGAAACUCGACGAAGACUGUGAGGAGGCUGUCAAUGACCUCUUUAACUGCAAAGUGCUGCAGUUAAUGGAGCUUGGUUUCGAAGAAAUGCAAAGUGUUUUACUGCUGGAAAGAUUUUCGACUGUGCAGGCUGUUCUGGCCUCUUAUUCUGACGCUGCCAGGGCUGGUGGCCAAGAGGUUGUGCAACCAGGAAGCCCUUGCCCGUCUCUGUGGGUGGGAAAUGUGACCACUGAACUAACUGAGAAACACCUUUGGGACCUUUUUAAAAUGUUUGGUGAGAUAGAGAGUAUCCGAGUUCUGCAUGAGAGAUUCUGUGCCUUUGUAAACUUCAAGAAUGCAAACAUGGCAGCUCUUGCCAUGGAGAAACUAAAUGGUCAUUGUAUUGAAAACACACGGUUAGUGGUGCGCUACCCUGACCGGCGUACUCAGAAGGUCCUUCCCAUCCCACUAAAGACCUGUCUGCCUGUCACUCAGCAGGCAGGCGCAGCGGCGGGACCUCGACGACGGGGCCCAGUGAACGGAGACGAGUGUUACUUCUGGAGAACCACCGGCUGCCAUUUUGGGGACAAAUGUCGCUACAAACACAUUCCUGAUCAGAAAGGCAAGGACAGGAAGCCCUGGCAGCCUUGAACUCAGUUUACUCUCUGCCUCAGUAAUGUGCAGGAAACUGGGAUGCAGACUGAGCCGGUACUGACUGGACCAGGUUCUCUGGGCUCUAAUAUUUACUGUAGCAGAACGGACCAGAAUAGUGAAAUGAUCAGAGCCAGCACCCAGGCUCAAAGGCAGAGAUAGUCACACAUGUGCCAAAUGACUGCAAGUAUUAAGGUUUUUAUCUCAUCGAAAGACUUUACUCAACAAUAUUUCUCGACAGUACAAAGUAAAUUAGAAGGGAGCAACAAAUUUACCUGGUGUAGUCUUUGUUUGGAAUAAAAACCUUCGUAUUAGCAGCCUUUCACAGCACAUGUUGACCUAUUCCAGCUUCAUACGACCGAACCUCACAGGCAUACAACAUAAGGAGGAAGUGAAACUGCCUUGGUCGACUAUGGGAAAACAAGUAAUGGCUCUGUCAUGUACAGCAGAUAGGAAAGGACUCAGUUUGGAUUUUAAGGGCCUUGGUUCCUCAGUGAUGAUUCUGGGAUUCUUCCUUCUUUGUAAUCACACCUCCCUAUCAGCCCUUUUAAGUACAGUAACUCAAACAAUACUUUAACUUGCAGUUUGUUUAAUCAGUUUAGGUUUAUCAAUAGCCAACAGCGGCUUACAUCAGUCUGUGGUUCAGUCUCGGGCUUCGUUUCCCACUUGGUGUUCCUCUAUCAAUUCAGCACAUUGUCGAUCAGACCAAAGAAUUACCAACAUAUGUACUAGACAUAUCAGUACCUCCUCUAUGCACAUGCGGUUGUUUAAGCAAACCGACAGAAACCCAGAGAGAGACAGUUUAUAAUGUGCUAUGUAGCCUUAGUUAAGAGGAUCAUACAUGGGUGAAAAGACAUACAAUAACCAAAAUGUAUUUUAAUGCAAACAUAAGUGCCAACUUGAGUGUCAAUGAUGUGCCAUAGACAUACGAACACUUACUAAAUGUCUAUACCAUGGCAAUGCCAUUGAUAAACAACUUCAUACAACAAAACAGUGCCUUACAAAAGAAAUGUCUGGACAUGUGUAACAUGAUCCAUUCACAGAACUUCUGAAUCCUGAGAAGCAGUGUUUUUUUACCUUAGGGACUCCAUUUCAGUAUUUCAGUGAACCAAAGAAUGCUUCUUCUGAUGGCUACGCACUGAAAACAGUCUGUUCUUUCAUAGGUUUCAACACUAGGCAGUGCAUUAAAACCCAUUAGCAUGUGUCUGCAUCAUCCACUAUAUAACAACAGCUACAGCACCUGGUUUAAGUCAACACUAAGUUCACAAGUAAAUUAUGCACAGCAUAGUGAGAGUAUUUAUUUCCCUAUUUAUACAGACGUUUUUUUUCUUUUUUACAACAUAACUUGGUAGUUGGAUACACCCGUUCAUUUACUGGCCUUUUAGUACUUUGAAUGGUCAUGUUCCUUAUGGCUUUAAGAGGCAAGCAUUGUUAAGGAACACUUGGUGUCACACAAUCACAUGCUGCACUUCUGCUUUUCUUGUUGCUAAAACUUGUGAAAAAGGAAUUGGACACCAAACCUUAAGUCUGCACUUGUUGAUUUAACAAACAUGCUAAUGUUUGUGUGACUGGUGCUAUUAACUCUGGUUGUGCAUUGCAUUUAAUUUUGCAGACUAACACAAUGCAUUCAAUGUUACCAUAGCAUAAUUUGAUUUAAUCUUGUGGACAUUUCAACCUUGUGGAUAAGAUUUCCUUGGGUUUAUUUUAGCUAUUUGGUAUGUUCUUUUUAGGCUUUUUACCUUUUUUUCAAACUAUUUCAGGAAAAAUGCAAUUUUAAUUUGAUGUAAACAUUAAUAACCAGAGCACUGCAAUCUUGUUAAUCUUCCAAAUAUUUUGUAUUAUCAUUACUGCACUGCAAAAAAAGAGUCUUUUAUAUUUAAUAAAUGUAUUUGAACCAC